UGGGUGUGCUCUCCUCUCUCUCGUCCCUCGUACACACUAACAGAGAAAAUGGCGUCUGGAAACCCUCCUGAAACCCAAGAAGAGACAGCCUCUCUGAUAGAGAAGCUUCCAGAACAAGAUGGACAUCGGGAAUGUUCCUCAGUGGCCGAACAAAGAGGGAACCAACUCACUUUGUACCACUGGACCCAGUCCUUUAACUCCCAGAAGGUGCGUCUGGCCAUCGCAGAGAAGGGUCUUCGCUGUGAGGAAUACGAUGUGAGUUUGCCGCUCAGCGAACACAACGAGCCGUGGUUUAUGCACCUGAACCCGACCGGAGAGGUGCCCGUGCUCGCGCACAAAGAAAAGAUCCUCUGUGACCCCGUGCACAUCAUGGACUACCUGGAGCACACCUUCACUGAGGAAGGCACGCCCCGGCUGAUCCCUGAGGAGGGCAGUGCGUACUUCAUCAGGGUGCAGCACUACAGAGAGCUGCUGGACUCCCUUCAGAUGGACGCCUACACCCACGGGUGCCUCCUCCACCCCGAGAUCACCGUGGACUCACACAUACCGGCCUACGCUGCCACAUGCAUACGGACACAAAUCGGAAACACUCAGUCUGAGCUGAAGAAACUGGCGGAGCAGAACCCGGACCUUAAAGACGCGUACGUUGCAAAACAAAGGCGCCUGAAAUCGAAGCUGUUUGACCACGACAACAUGAAGUACCUGAAGAAGCUUCUGGAUGAGCUGGAGGGGGUGAUGGACCAGGUGGAGACGGAGCUGCAGAGACGCGUGGAGGAGACGCCAGACGAAGGCAGUCCCUCCUGGCUGUGCGGAGACUUCUUCAGCAUGGCCGACGUCUCUCUGGCCGUCACCCUGCACCGCCUCAAGUUCCUGGGUCUGUCCCAGCGGUUUUGGGGCGAGGGGACUCGGGUAAAUCUAGAGACGUACUACGAGCGAGUGGUUCAGCGGCCGGCCUUCAGGAGGGUGCUCGGACACGUCAACAACAUCCUGAUCUCCGCCGUGCUUCCCGUGGCGUUCAAAGUGGCGAGGAAGAACGCUCCGAUGAUCCUCGGCACCACGAUGCUCAUCGGGGUCCUGGGAGGGGCCGCGUACCUCGCCUUUCUCUACAUGAAGAGGAGGCUGACUGUGUCCUUCUGAGGGAGAAGAGAUGGAGCUGCUUUAGGACUGGGAAGUAGAUAAACACAGGACACAUAGCGACAUUACUCUGACUUCAUGAUGUAGAGUUAAAAGACCAGAGAGGGAUAUGAUCAUUCUGCAGACUUCAGUACUCUGAUUGGCUGUGCUGCUGGACGCUCCACCCUCACUGCUGCAUUACACACCAAUAGAUCACCCUGGUAGAUGUCACAUAUAUAGGUAAUUAAGGGACUAGGAUGAGACCACCUUUACAAUAUAUUUCUGAUUCUGCAGCUUCAAAACAACACAGAUGAUGCAAUGAAUGCUAAGUCAGAAGGUAUGAAAACACCUGGUGUUGGAUCAAAUAUUUAAACUAAGGAAAGGAUCAACCUUUCCAUCUUACGGAGAUCUUUGUUAGGCAUUGCCAAAAUGUCUGAUUUAAUACAUUACAAAUAUGUUGAAGUGUCUUCUCUUAUAGCUUGGCAGUUUUUUUUUUACAACCCAUAUCAUUAAAUCAGAUAAUACAGAUGUGUAUUUAUUCCUGAGGAGAAUUGUUGUUAGCAGUUGCAGAACAAGCGUCUGAGUUUCUAGAAAAGCGCUAUACAAGCGUCAUGUAUUAAAGAAAUAUAAAUAUAUAUAAAACAUAUAAUUUAAAGAAUUUAAUAGCUGUUAUCUGCUUGUUUAUGCAAAUUGUAUCUGCGCCUGUCAAAUAAAUAUGUAAAAGAUAUUGAGGUACAGAUAUAAAUAAAUAGAACAUGAAUGUCUCAAGAAA